AUGGCAGCCAACAAAUCCAAAUCCAAGAAAUCAUCCAUCACUAAAAAAAAUACACCUCCGCCAUAUAGACAUCAGGAGUGGCCGUUUUCCGGCCUCCCCCCGACUAAUGGCCCCGGCCAUCCCCGAGCAUUCUCGCGAUGGUUCCAGGUCAUCAAACGCAUCUCCGCUCCCUUCAUCACCAAAUCAUGGCUACCACCACCACCAACAACGCGAUGCGACGCCCAUCAUAAUCAACCGCCCCAGCUCCGCCACGUCGCCGCCGCCGCUCCAACCCAAAACUCUAGCUACCCUAGCCCACCACAACCACGCUAUCGCUACCUCCUCGAUUCCGCCUCCAUCCUCAAAGCCGCUGCGAUAAUCCCAGACACUUCGCAUUGGUGCGUUCUGAGACACGCCCCGACGGCCCGGUCAACAUACCCGGCCCCCGAGCCCCACACCGAUCUCCUCGGCCCGAAGCUGCGCCUGUGGUUCGUCGACCCCCCAAACUGUCCUAGAUCGGGCCUCAUGGUGAGGUACAAAGCCUCAAGCACCACCUACCGUGACUUCGUGUUAUGGAAUAAAACCGCUGAGGUCUGGCACGAGUGCGUGACGCCCGACCCGUUCGACCCGAAGAAGAAUCCAAUGGAAUUCACGAGCAUGGUUAGGUUUCAGGGAAACUACUACGUGAUGAGCUUGCAGGGAGCGCUGGCGGUGAUGCGGGUGGUCGACACGCGCCUCAUGAUCACGGCGGUGGCUGUGGGAAGAGGCGUCCCGAGAUCGAAAUGUAGGUAUUUUAAGGAGUAUUUGUGUGAGAUGAAUGGGGAGAUCUUGUUGGUUUUCUUGAUUCACCGGGAAUCUCUUGCGGUUGUGGAUCAUGUUGAGGUUUGGAGACUCGAUUUUUUUAGGAUGGAUUGGGUUAAGGUUGAGAGGCUGCCGGGGAAGACGAUGUUCUUGAAGGAGGAGUGUAUUGGUGUAGAUUCCGAGGAAUUUGGGUGUAGGGAUGAUCGUGUGUACUUCACGGAGGGAUCGGAGAAGAGGUGGAAAGUGUUUAAUAUGAAAACUUGUUCCGUUUCACUUGUUCUGGCCGAAUGGAGUUGGAACCCACUUGUUGGACCGUGAACAGAUAGCUUUGCCGGUUCAUAGUCGGAUUUGAAUAUUA